GACGUCCCGGACGCUAGCUGGUUGGCGGGAACUCGAACGUAAACAGAAGUGUCAGUUUGGGCUGCUGAAUGCUCGUUUUGGUUCUGAUUGAAAGAACCUUUCCAAGCGGAUUUAAAGACGCGGUGGCUGGUUGGUUCCCAGCAGGAUGGUUCAGAUAUUCAUACGAGGCAGCGUGGAUGGCAGCAACCCUCCGGAGUGGCUGUUGGUGGAGCUGCAGGGCGAGAUGGUGUCCAGACUCAACUCUGGCCUUGCAGGAAAUGUGAUGGGAGACCUGCUUUACACCAAGGAGGGGGUGCCGGUGCUGAUCGUAGGACAUCACAUUCUCUAUGGGAAGAUGGUCAAACUGGAGAAGCCCUUCGCCGUCCUCACAAAGCACUCGGGACAUUCACAGGACAGUAACACUGAUGGUAUCAGUCAGGUUACCAUGGAAACAGACCAGCCUGCAUCCUCCUCUACAUCUUACUCGGUGUCCGCGCUCAUCAAACGAAAACUGAUCUUUAAGACUCGUCCCAAACCCAUCAUCACGAAUGUGCCCAAGAAGGUGUAGAAGGACAUUUGCAGGUCUCUGUUUACUGGUCAGACUGGUUCAAACUGGUCUGAGGCACAGAUUUAAAUAGAAAACAUAGAAUUUAUCACUGGUUUCAUGUUUGAAAUGCUGUUCUGUGAGCUUUUACACAUUUUGUUUCUGUUUGUUUUACUACUAAUGUAGUAAAAUGAUUUCUGACUGCGACAGAAACUGCAGUAUUCAUAUGUUUAUUUUUUCAGUGCUAAUCCAGUUUUCAGUUCAAUUCAGUUUAUUAAAAUUACAGCAAAGGCACUGGUGACCACAUUCAUUGGUAACCCUGGUACAGAUGUAUCAAAGGCCUGAAAAUUAACUAAAUAAAUAAAAUGGAUGGUUAAUUCGAAACAAACUAAAGUUUAUACUGCAUUGUACUAUAACGUCACACUGAAAAAUUCCAAAUUAAGAAAUAGUUAAAAUCACUUGUGACCCAAGUAUUGGCACCUCUAAUAAUUUAAUAUAACCUUUAAAAUAAA